AAUACUAAUAAAUGUUGUGAUUUUAUUUUGUACCUAUAUGGGUGAUAUAGGCUUAUAGGGGAACCGAGCACCCAAAACUAACUUCGGUAACGCGCCUUUUGUAUACCUCAGCGGUGGUGUGGAAAUUACAAACUCCCAAAGCAUUUACUAAAAAUUCCCUAACACAUUUCUUCCAUAGUGGCAUCAUUGGCAAAUGUUAUAAAAAAUGUGGACUUUGACAGCGCUCUCUCGAAUCAAAGAGUUUCGUACCAAUUUAUCCAUGCUCUGCGUGACACUGAAGAGUUGAUAAAUAGUUAUUCAUUUAUUCAUAAUAGCUCAAUGAACUACAACAGUGAAUAUAGAUAAAGUAAUAGCACGUUCACAUAUAAGCAGGUUAUGGUUAACAAAAAUUAACCUAGAAGCUAACCUUGUUGCGUUCACAUAUAGCAAAGAUAACCCAGUUAAAUGAGAGAAAUUGACAGCUGUAUCCAUAUGUGUUUUUUUUUUUGUUUACAUAUUUUCUUCUUGUAAAAAAUAAGUUAAUAAAUGAGUGAUGGAUUCAAAAUUGAAAAAAUGUUUACUUUUGUUUGCUGCAAACCAAGAAGAAAGCAAUAAAUAUCUAGCUGCAUUAAAUUCCUGUAGCCGAGAAUAUAAAAUUGCUAUCCAACAAAGUGAGCAGGAAUUACGGAUACGAAGAGCUCGAGUAAUAUCAAUUUAUUAUAAAAUAUUAAUGUUGACAACAAUACCUCUUUGUAAGGAAAUAAACCCAAGAAGUAUUUGGGCAUACAAGCGACAUGGGAACUUCUGGGAAAAGGAUGUUCCAUCAAUGAACGACCGCGUUUUUAAGGAAACCUUUCGCAUGAGCAGGGCAACCUUUGAAAUAUUGUGUGAAUAUGUCAAAGGUAUUACUAAACAGGAUUCAUGCUAUAGGAAGUGCAUCCCAUUGCAGAAAAGGGUAGCUGUUGCCGUCUACACAUUAAAAUCUUCGGCGGAGUAUGAAACUGUUGCACGACUAUUCGGUGUUUCGAAGGCAAUCGUCAGCGAAAUAUUUCUUGCUUUUUGCCAAGAAGUGUGGCAAUCAUUGCGUCCCAUUUAUUUGACAGAACAAUUAACGAACAGUGAAAAAGUGGAUGAGUGUGUUCAUGGGUUUGAGAAGCUUGGCUUUCCGCAAUGUCUCGGUGCCAUAGACGGUUGCCACAUUAAAGUUCGGCCACCUGGGAAGGAUUGCACGGACUAUUACAAUUAUAAGGGGUGGUACUCUACAGUUUUAUUUGCCCUUGUGGAUUAUAGAUAUCGCUUCCUCUACAUUAGUGUUGGCUGCCCAGGUCGAUGCAAUGAUUCAAAAAUUUUCCAAUGUAGCAAACUAAAUACUGCAUUGAAGGACCCAUUCUUCACUGCAAAAAGCAAAACAAUUAAUGGCGUGAAUGUUCCUGUAGGCGUUAUGGGUGAUUCGGCUUUCCGAUUUGCCAACAAUCUAAUGAAGCCCUAUCCAUUCCAAGUACAUCCUCCAGAGCAUGAAAAAAUGUUUAAUUACCAAUUGUCCAAAUGCCGAAGAGUGGUGGAAAAUGCAUUUGGACACCUAAAGGCUCGUUUUAGGAGAAUAGGGAAAGGAGUUGACAACCACAUCAAAAAUGUUCCUCUUAUAAUAAAAGCAGCCUGUUCAUUGCAUAACUUUUUAAAUUGUGAUAAUGAUGUCAUCAACCACAAAUGGAUAGAAGAACAAACCACUUACGAAAGUAGUGUACGCCUGGAACAGCCCGAGCACACAGAUGCUGCAGCAGAUUUUGAAGCAGAACCUGAAACAAUUAGAAGAGCGAUUGCGAAUUCAUUUUACUCCGGAGUCGUCGAAAGUCCUGAAAGCUCAUCGCUUGAAAUGGAUUGGGAUUGGCUGCUCGUCGAAGGGUAGAUAGCAGAGCAACCAUUGUUGUCAUCUGGUUCCACAUCUUGAAUUAAAAUAAAAUAAUAAAUAAA